CCCGCCCGCCCCGGCGCUGCCCAGCUCGGCCCUCACGGCGCCGCCAUGGCGCGCUCGCUCAACUCCAUCGUGGCCGUGAGCCAGAACAUGGGCAUCGGAAAGGACGGGCGGCUGCCCUGGCCGCCCCUCAGGAAUGAGUACAAGUACUUCCAGAGAAUGACUACCACGUCUCAUGUGGAAGGUAAACAGAAUGCACUGAUAAUGGGUAAAAAAACCUGGUUCUCCAUUCCUGAGAAGAACCGUCCCCUAAAAGACAGAAUUAAUAUUGUGCUCAGCAGGGAGCUCAAGGAAGCCCCAAAAGGAGCACAUUAUCUUUCCAAAAGUCUGGAUGAUGCUUUAGCUCUUUUGGAUUCACCAGAGCUAAAAAGUAAAGUAGACAUGAUUUGGAUCGUCGGAGGCACUUCAGUUUACAAGGCAGCAAUGGAGAAACCAAUUCAUCAUCGAUUGUUUGUGACAAGAAUCUUGAAGGAAUUUGAAAGUGACACAUUUUUUCCAGAAAUUAACUAUAAAGACUACAGACUUCUCACAGAGUACCCAGGUGUCCCUGCUGAUAUCCAGGAAGAGAAUGGGAUCCAGUACAAAUUUGAAGUAUACGAAAAAGCUGUUGUGGCAAAGUAAAUGAGGCAUUCUGUACUUCUGUGUAAGGGGAGGCAUUUUAGAUCCUGAAGUCUUACUGAGUGUAAAUAUACAUUAAAUUUUUGAGAGCAAAUCGUGCCGGAUAGUACAA